UGUUUUAAGUCGCCGAUCCGACCCGACGCGCUCACUCGCGCGCCAGGCCACCGCCACUCGCCAUGGAGCGCUCCCCGCUGUGCGCCCUGCUCCUCGGAGCCGCCGGGCUGCUGCUCCUGCUCCUGCCCCUCUCCUCUUCCUCCUCUUCGGACGCCUGCGGCCCCUGCGAGCAGGCCACCUGCCCGCCGCUGCCCCCGCUCGGCUGCCAGCUCGGGGAGACGCGCGACGCGUGCGGCUGCUGCCCGGUGUGCGCCCGCGGCGAGGGCGAGCCGUGCGGCGGCGGCGGCGCCGACAGGGGGCACUGCGCGCAGGGCAUGGAGUGCGUGAAGAGCCGCAAGAGACGGAAGGGCAAAGCUGGGGCGGCAGCCGGCGGCCCCGUGGUGAGCGGCGUGUGCGUGUGCAAGGCGCGCUACCCGGUGUGCGGCAGCGACGGCACCACCUAUCCCAACGCCUGCCAGCUGCGCGCCGCCAGCCUGAAGGCCGAGAGCCGCGGGGAGAAGGCCAUCACCCAGAUCAGCAAGGGCACCUGCGAGCAAGGUCCUUCCAUCGUGACACCCCCCAAGGACAUCUGGAAUAUCACUGGCGCCCAGGUGUACUUGAGCUGUGAGGUCAUCGGGAUCCCAACCCCUGUCCUCAUCUGGAACAAGGUAAAAAGGGGAAACUAUGGUGUCCAGAGGACAGAACUCUUGCCUGGUGACCGGGACAACCUGGCCAUUCAGACCCGAGGUGGCCCAGAAAAGCAUGAAGUAACUGGCUGGGUGCUGGUGUCACCUCUGAGUAAGGAAGACGCUGGAGAGUACGAGUGCCAUGCAUCUAAUUCCCAAGGACAGGCUUCAGCAUCAGCAAAAAUUACAGUUGUUGAUGCCUUACAUGAAAUACCAGUGAAAAAAGGUGAAGGUGCUGAGCUAUAAACCUGAAGAAUAUAUUAGUCUACAUAGCUAAAACUUAACCAUAGAUAGCCCAUAUUAUUACCUAAUUACAAGUUUCUUUUAUGCCAAUGCACUAAUACUCUAGUAAUAAUACUCACAGGUUUUAUAUAAAGAAAUACAAAAUAAAGAUAACAUAGGCGGGAAACAUGGAGCAGUGGUAGAACACCUGCCAGGAAGGACAAGGCCAAGAGUUCAAACCCAAGUACAUCCAAAAACAAUAAAAAUAAUACUAAAAGAGGACAUCAAGACAUCUACAAAAAUUUAUUACCUAUUUACAUGCAUAUCAAUAAAACAAAUGCUUUUAACUGCAA